UUUGUAAUUAUGCUGUAAGUUGAUUUAUUUAUUUAUUUAUUUUUAUUUAUCCGAUUCUAUCAUUCUUGUGAUUUUUUACCUAUUUUUUUAUUUAUAUUUGCUAACAAAUAUUUGAUCUUAAUGAGCAAAAUAUAAAACUCCCCACCAUCCCCAUCUUCCCCAAAGUCCAAACCCACGUAGCCUACUUCUAAAUAUUUUCAACACCUAAACCCCGACCAAUCAAACGGCCUAUAUCACACCUGACCACAACGUCUACAAUAUUAACGGAAACACCCUAAUAUCUCUGCCCAACAGUUAUACUACCACUCAAUGUGCGUUGUGCAGGCAAGACAAGCCAUGAUUAUUCCAUUACACACACACAAAAAUAAAAUAAAAUAAAAUAAAAAGAGAAAACCGGAGCGACAGUUGAUGGGCAAAAAGCAAAGCCCACAGUGACAAAAAGUGAAGCUUCUUUCUCUUAUUCUUCUCUAUCUCUCGCUCUUCCGUUUCUCUUUCCUUGGAAGAAAAUUUUCUGUUAUCUGCAAACACCAUUGCAGCUGAGGAAGGAAACGACAACGCUUUGCUUUGAAGAUGAAAGGGGAGACAGAGGAAGGGGAAGGAGGAGGAACCACAGUGUUGGUGGGGGUCAAAUUUGAUAGGGUGAGCAAGGAAUUGCUGACAUGGGCGCUGGUCAAGGUGGCACAGCCUGGUGAUCAUGUCGUUGCCCUUCACAUCCUUGAUACUGCCACUGAAAGCACGGCAUCGAUUCUUUCUCUUGUUAAGACUUUUGAUUCUAUACUAGCAGUUUAUGAAGGAUUCUGCAACUUAAAACAGGUCGAUUUGAAGCUCAAAGUUUGUAGAGGGUCAUCAGCGAAGAAGAUUCUGGUGAGGGAAGCCAAGUCUCAUGAAGCAGCUAAGCUGAUUCUGGGAACUUCCAAGAACCAUCUCCAGAUACACUCAUCUGCUUCAGUUGCAAAAUAUUGCGCCAGAAAAUUGCCAAAAUGUUUCUCGGUUUACGCUGUUGAAAAUGGGAAAAUUUUGUUCCAAAGGGAAGCAGUUCAGACAAACUUGAACCGAUCCCAAGAAAAUGAUCGACGGAAUAAGAGUCUUGUUCGAUUAGUAUCCUUGCGCAAGAGUACAAGAACAGGGAAGCUGAAUUUAGAAAACGGCAAUUGUUCGUAUAAAUACGGUUUAUUUUUAAGGCAGAGAACAUUAAAGAAGAGUUGUGUAGCCUGUGCUUCAGCCUUGAAAUUGCCUGAAAAUUCUAACGCUCAAUUGCUGGAAGAAUUACAAGGAAAUGGCAGUGUGGAUAAUCGGUUAGCUUUGGUACCAUUCCAAACGAGUGAGGGUAAUUCCAUUCUGGUUAGGAAGCUGCCCAGUUCGAGACCUAGUUGGUCUCUUCUUCGCAGGGUGUUUCUACCUAAGCGGCAUCACUCGGAGAAUUCUUCUGCAAAGAAAUCUGUGGUCCAAUUGGUGUUAAAAUUACCAAGCCAGCAUUCUUCAGCUGUUGUCUAUCCUGAUCAAAGGCAAAACCAUUCUGAUCAAGAAAAGAAUCAUUCUUCGGAUUUGGAUGGAGAAUACGGUGCUAUUGUGCCAGUUGGCUAUGAGCCUAUCUGUCCUCUGUCUCCUUGCAAUUUUCCUGAAGAGCUACAAAGUUUACCUGAGAAAUACUCAUCCUCAUGUAGAUUGUUUAGUUACCAAGAGCUUUUGGAAGCAACCUCUAACUUCAUGCCAGAGAAUAUGGUUGGUAAAGGUGGCAGCAGUCAUGUUUAUAAAGGGUGCCUUCCUGAUGGCAAGGAAUUGGCAGUGAAAAUACUUAAGCCAACUGAGAAUGCAGUCAAGGAGUUUGUUCAGGAAAUUGAGAUCAUUACAAGUUUAAAACAUAAAAACCUCACGUCAUUAUUUGGGUUCUGUUUAGAGGAAAAAAAUUUGCUCUUGGUUUAUGAUUUCUUGUCCAGGGGAAGCCUAGAAGAGAACCUUCAUGGUAAUAAGAAGGAUAGAAAUGCAUUUGGCUGGCAGGAGAGAUAUAAGGUGGCAGUUGGUGUAGCUGAAGCACUUGAUUACCUGCAUAAUGGUUGUGAACAACCUGUGAUCCACAGAGAUGUGAAAUCUUCCAACGUUCUUCUGUCUGAUGAUUUUGAGCCCCAGCUGUCAGAUUUUGGACUUGCUAGUCAGCUCUCAAGUUCUGUGUCUCAUAUGACUUGCACAGAUGUUGCUGGAACCUUCGGUUACUUGGCUCCUGAAUACUUCAUGCAUGGCAAAAUGAGUGAUAAAAUUGAUGUCUACGCGCUUGGCAUUGUACUCCUAGAGCUGCUUUCUGGUAGAAAGCCCAUUGACAAUGACUGUCCAAAAGGUCAGGAGAGCCUUGUUAUGUGGGCAAAGCCAAUCUUAAAGGACGGCAAUAUUUCGCAGUUGCUAGAUCCACAGCUAGGCAGUGGCUAUGAUUUUCAUCAUAUAGAAAGAAUGGUUUUAGCUGCUACCUUGUGCAUUAGACGCGCACCUAUAAUGCGGCCUCAAAUUAGCCUUAUCCUGAAGCUCCUACAUGGUGACCAGGAAGCAACAAAUUGGGCAAGGCAACAAGUUAGGGCAUCAGAAGAGGUUGAUAUUGUUGAUGGGGAAGUAUAUCCUACUAAUAUUGAAUCCCAUCUUAACCUUGCGUUGCUAGACUUGGAGGAUGAUUCACUAUCUGUAAGCAGCAAUGAAAGGAGUGUCACAACAGAGGAUUACUUGCAAGGAAGAUGGAGCUGCUCAUCAAGCUUUGCCUAGCCAUACCAACGCAAUCAUGCUUCAUUCAUUGAUGUGAUUUUUCGGUAUAUCCUUUUUUGACCUCUCCCCUCCUCCCAUUUCUCUUUCCUUUUUAGUUAUUAGAUGGGUCUUGGACGAGAGGUUGUCUACAAGAGCUUUCCCCCUCCUUGACUUAUAAGAAGUUGUUUUGUAGCCCAGGGUAUUUCCUUAGAGUUUUCAGGGAAAUACAUUCAGGAGCAAAUGUAUAACCAAAACAUGCAUAUGAGUGUAAAUAAUCAUUUCUUUCCUAUACUUCAUAUCUAAGGCCUGAAGAUGGCAAUAGUAAUUAGGAUGUUAUCUGUUUGUUUCUAUGAUUUGUUCUUUGAUUAGAUCUGUAUGGAUUUUCAGUGCUUUUAAGUUCAUAGAUGUGAUGUAGCAUAAGUAGAUUGUUGCUUUCUCCGAUGGUUUUGGCCUUCAUAAACUUCAAUUGCAUUAAGA